UUCCCUCCCGUUCGGAGAGAGAUCAUUCGAAUUGAAACCCUGAAAACUAGGGUUUCCAUAAACCCUAGAGCAGUACCAUCCUCUUCAUCAAUGGCCGGCGACGCCGACAUGGCCGGCUGGACCGACCUUCUCCACACCUCCUCCAAGCUCCUUGAGCAGGCCGCUCCGUCCGCGCAGUUCCCCACUCUUCAGAGAAAUCUGGAUCAGUUGGAGGUGCUAUCGAAGAAGCUCAAAACCAAAACCCUACUAUCCAAGGCUCCAACCAAGUCUGUCGUGGCCACCAGGCUGCUUGCUCGGGAAGGAUUGAGUGCGGAGCAGCUUGCACGGGAUCUCAAGUCUUUUGAAAUUAAGGUUGUUUUUUUUUUUUGUGUGGUUAUCACUAAUGGCAUUGUCAUUGUUUUUUUUUUUUUCCUGAAAUGAAUUGUAGAGUUGUUGAGGUCACAUAGCUUGGGUUUUGGUUUGCAUUUGAUGCAUUUUCUCCUGCCAGUGAGGUCCAUUUGAAAGUUUGUAGCCGUAGGGCAUGAACUUUUAGGGGUGUAGA